AUGAACGUAUCCAGCGUCGACUAUGAGGUACAGAUACUGCUCGACAAUGGCAGCGGCGGAGGAAGGAGCGUGGAGAUGGUCGCAGCACCGCACAGUACCGGUGGUUUCAUGGAGAACUACACGAGCCUGCUCAACGAGAGUUAUGUGGCGAUGGUUGACUGCUACGAUCCUCCCAACCACGCGCUGGCGGAGUUCGAGUUCUGGCUCAGUGGAGUGGUGAUGAACAUCGUGGCGCUGAUUGGGAUCCUGGGCAAUAUCUUCUCGAUGGUGAUCCUGUCGAGGCCACAGAUGCGCUCCAGCAUCAACUACCUGCUGAUAGGGUUGGCCCGGUGUGACACGGUGCUGAUCCUCACCUCGGUGUUGAUCUUUGGCCUGUGUGCUAUCUAUCCGCACACGGGUUACCUGUACUACUACCACUAUCAGAUAUAUCCCAAGAUCUCGCUCGUCGUCUACCCGCUCGCCAUGAUCGCGCAGACGGCCAGCGUGUACCUGACGCUAACGGUGACUCUCGAACGGUACGUCGCCGUAUGUCAUCCGCUUCGGGCCCGAGCCCUCUGCACGUACGGACGCGCCCGACUCUACGUGGUCGGCAUUCUGGUGUUCUCGAUCCUCUACAACCUGCCGCGUUUCUGGGAGGUGCAGCUGAUCUCCUCCGAACACCCGCACACCGGGCUCACCAUCUACUGCGUGCGGGCGUCCGAAAUGCGCACGGACGAGACGUACAUCAAGGUGUACAUCCACUGGCUGUACAUGAUCUUCGUCUACUUCCUGCCCUUCAGCUUGAUCUCGUUCUUCAACCUAAUGAUCUACCAGCAGGUGCGGCGGGCGAACAAGGAACGGCAGCGAUUGUCCCGCUCGGAGAAGCGCGAGAUCGGCCUGGCGACGAUGCUGAUCUGCGUCGUGAUCGUCUUUCUGCUCUGCAACCUGCCGGCGAUGAUGGUCAACAUCGUCGAGGCGUUCUAUAACGUCAUCAUCGACCACCUGGUGAAGGUCUCCAACCUGCUCGUCACGAUCAACUCGAGCGUCAACUUCUUCAUCUACGUCAUCUUCGGCGAGAAGUUCAAGCGGAUUUUUCUUCUCUUAUUUUGUAAACCCCGCGGACGCCAGGCAGCGGACGACGGUCUGAUCCACGACGACAGCUCGUUCUCCAACGGUGACGCCAGCAACCGCAACUCGGGCCGGUUUCAGCGCGUCGGCACCACGCGCAGUACCUCGACGAAGCUCAGCAAUUGCAGUAUGCGCACGAUACGGACGACGGUCCGGAGUACCCGGGCGCCCUCGCCCGGCCCCAUCGUGUACUAUCCGGCACGAGAGACGCUACCCCGGCUGGCGAAUCCCCCGACGAUCACGCGGAGUAGCUCGAUGUUCCCCGACUGGAACCAUCAGCGGGAGAAUGGUACCAACGGGAUCAUGAUGGCGUCGUCCGGGUUCUAG